GAAUUGGAACAAGACAAAUCCGAUCUCGAUACAAAAGCUCCCGAAAUUCAAAAUCUUCACCAAGAAGUCUCACAGGAACGUGAUUCUAUACGAAAUGAACUGUCGGAACGAAUACAAUUUAUUAAGGAGCAAACAAAUACAAUCGAGUCACUCGAGAAGUCCAAUAGUGAACAAAGGGAUGAGAAUUUCAAUUUGAAGGGACAACUGGAGAGUAUGAAAUCCAGUUUGCAAGAUGGCAUGCACAAAAUUCAUGCUUUGGAAUGUUUUAAUAAGGAAAUUGGUGAACGAGUCUCUUUGGCCGAAUCUUCCUUGAACACCCAAAUUGGCAACCUCAAACAAAUCUUGGGAGACGAUCAGCCUUUUAACAAAUUGACAAUAACCGAAUCCGCUGAUUUCAUACAGGACAUUGUCCACAAAGUCAAAACCAUCGUCGACUCGAAUUGCAAUCUCGUUGGAGAAGUCGACGGCCUAAAAAUCAACUUGAGCGCCAUGUCGCAAAAAGUCGAGGAUUUGGAUAAAUUGAACACCAUCAGCAAAACGGAGAUCGAAAAUGUCACUAAAGAGUUGGACAAGACGACGAGGAGUAUGCUGGAUUUCCAGAGUUUAUCAGAGAAAUACAGAUUGAGGAUUGAGGAGUUGUCCAAAGUGCAAGAGGAUAAUGAGAGGCUGCUGCAGAAUUUGGAUGCACUAAAAGAUAGGUUGGAUAGUGAGUGUCUAUCCAAUGAGCAAAAACAGAGUGACAUCGUUGCUUUGAAUGCUUUGGUGGGUGGACAAGAUUUGCAGAUUUCGACGUUGGAUGCUUGGGUCACCGAAUUGAUGGACGCGCAAAAGGAUGACAAAAAAUGUAUACAAGAUUUGUCAAGUGCCAAGGAGCACGCACAAGCCCUAAACGCCCAAAACCAACAAGAGAUUGACCGUUUAAAUAAUUUGAUUUCCGACACAAAUCAGGAAAACACGAAUUUGCGCACGCAAUUGUCGCAAAUCCAAACCGAUAACAAACAACUACACGCCGACUUGGAUGCGACAACAACAGACUACAACGAAGCCAAAACGCAAAUCUUAGACUUGAACUCUAAAAUUGCACAGUUGGAGCAAAGUUUAUCAAAUCAAUAUUUGCAAAGUCAAAACGAUCUCCAAAAACUUACCGAAACUUUGAACGCCAAAACGAAAGAGCUUCAAGACAUCCUCGACGAAAAAUGUGAUCUGGCGAAAACUUACGAUAGUUUGACCAAAGAUUUUGUGGACGUCAAAAAACAGAAUGAAGACUUGACCAAAAAGUACCACGAGCUGGAUGUUGGCAGUAAACAAGAAUGCAAACAACUGAUGUGCGAAAUCAAAAUGUUGAACGACGAAAAUUUAAAAUUGCUCACGGAAAAAUCCGAGUUGUUUAGCGAAUUCACCAGCGUCCAAAACAAAUUACAAAAUGAUUUGGAUGCUUCUAAACACACCAUCGCGGAUUUGAAAAUAUCCAACACGCGUCUACAAUCUGAAAUCGAAGUUUUAACUUUAGACAAAAAAUCUUCCGACGACGAAUUAAAAUCGCGCAUCGAGGAGUUGCAAACGAAAUUGCAAAAACAAGAAAAUGAGUUACACCGAAAUUUGGUACUUGUACAAGAGUACGAGGACUACAAAAAAGUCAUCGCGCUGGAUAUCCAAAAAUACCAGGAUAAAAUCGCAUCAUUGGAAGACGAUUUGAACCCAUUUGGAGGGCGAUAAGUUCAAACUAACGUUUGAUUAUCAGGAAUGCGCAAGUAAAUUGAUGGAGACUCGUGAAUUGCACAAUGUUUUGAGCGAGACUUGGUCAAAACAAAUAAAAGACAAAGAAGACACCAUUGAUGCUCUCCAAAAUAACAUCAGUAGUUUGAGGAAGGAAAUUGAUGGUUUGAAAAGCGGUAACGGUGACUUGGAGGCACAAUUGAUAGUUUUGGGUAUAAAAUUAGAACGUGCUGAUUUGGAUAAAGGUACUUUAAGCACUCAGUGUGCAGAACUGCUAUCCAAGUUACAACGACAAGAACAACUGUUACAAGAAGAGUUGAAACAAAAAGAUAUAUUGGUCCAGGAGCAUCAGGAUAUCUUGCAAGAAAACAAAUUAGAAGUGGACAAGUACUUGUUGGAACUUGAAGAUUUAAAAACAAAAUUAAACCGGGAACAAGAUGUUAACAAAGUGUUGUUGGCAGAAAAAGAACAAAAUUUGAAACUUGUGCAAAUUUGCAACAACAGAACAAUGAUUUGUCUUCUAAAAUUGAUGAUUUCACUGCACAAAUAUCCGCAGCUGAUGUCAACUUGCACAAGUUGACAUCGGAGCAUGAUAUUUUGCUUAAGAAGUCACAAUCGGAUUUGGAAGAUAAAUUAAAUUUGCACAAGCAGAAUGAAAUUUUAUCUGAACGUCUUGAUAACACUUUGUUGGAACUAAAAUCCGUUCACCAGGCGUACGAAAGUAAAGUCCAGAAACAUGAAGAUUUUUUGAAAACUUCGCAGGAAGAAAUGCGCAAACUUCAAAACGAGAUUAAGAAUUUGGUCGCGAAGUAUAAUAAACUGCAAAAGGAUAGCGAUGACAACAUUUUGGAAUUGACUAACAAGAUAUUUGAUUUGGAAGACGUCAUCGACAACGAUAAAGUUAAAAAAGCCCAGGACCAAGAGUUACUUCAAAAUACUUGGAAAACUGUUCAAAGUAUUAAUGAUACCUUGAAACAAGUUGCGCAACAAGAUGUUGAAGUUGAAGUUUUGUUUAAAUCCAAAACUUUUGUUGAUACUGAUGACUCCACAAAUGCUUUGGCGCUGAAAGACUUGUCGGAGGAGCUAGAACGUACCAAAACCAAUAUCGAACACUUUAUGAGCACUUACAAACUUUUACUGACGGUCUCCAAAGAAAAACAUGAUUUGGAAAUCAAGUACGAAACGUUGAAGACACAAUCAGAUACAAUUUUAGCACAUAACAAGUGUUACAACAAAUUCAUCAACAAUGCAAGGAGCGACGACGAUUUACGUGUGUUGGUGGAUGCAAAUUUGGCUAAAAUUGAUUCACCACAAGUUGACUUGGCGCAAAAA